UAUCUGGCAUCUCUAGUGAAAAUCAGAUAGUAAAAGUAAAAACAAAAGCAAAAAGUUUGUCUUUUUUUUUCAUUUUCAUACUCAUGGAUUACUUGCCUCGUCAAUGGAAAUUGCCUUCACAAUAUCUUGCAAACCGCUAACAUUUUAUGUAUUGAUGCUACAUAUUGAGUUUUCACAAUGAAUAUUCUUCCGAAAAAAAGUUGGCACGUUCGUAACAAAGACAAUAUCGCCCGAGUACGACGUGAUGAAGCAAAAGCUGCUGAAGAAGAAAAAGAACGGCAGCGAAAAAUAGCGCUUGCAGAUCAGGAAGCCAAAGUAGAUUUCCUCCGACAAAAAGCAGCAUGCAGAUCAACCAACACUAGCACUUUUGAACCAAAGUGCGAAAUUGAAGAAAGACUUGAGAUAAGGGAACAUGUGAAUUUUUUUCAAGAUAUCGAAAAGGGCAAACAUGAUGGAGUAAAACGUAAGAAUGUCGACCAUGAACGAGAGAAAAAAGAAGAGCAGGAAAAAUACGAAAAACAAGUUGGCUACCUAACGUAUCUUGGGCAGGAUACAAACGAAGCCUUAGGAAAGCGAGAUUGGUAUGAUGUGGCACCACGACGAAACGAUACAUUCGAUACAGAUGGGAAACUUAUCGAAGUUUCCAUGAAAUCGAAAUCAUUCAAUGAUCCACUUAAUGUAAUACGUCGUUAUCUUCCUGCUUCAGUUUCACAAUCCAGGUCUCGUGCUUCUGAAGUUAUUCCGUCAGUUUCCAAACCACAGCAAUAUAAACCAGUUAUACAAAUAGACCAACAUAAUUUUAAACGCAAACGGAAGCAUAGUGCUUCAAACAGUGAAAGUGAAUCGGAUAGAAAAAAGAAAAGUGGGAAACACAGAACUCGACACAGAAAAAAUAAGCAUAAAAAGAGGAAAAAAUCUUACGGUAGCUCAGAAAUCGAAUCAUCUGAUGAGGAAACAAAAAAAAUUAAAAAAAUAAAAUUGGAAAUGCUACGACAAAAACGUUUGUGUCGAGAACAAGAAGAAAAAUCGCGAGCAGACAAAUUAUUGGCCAAAAUUAGAGGAGAACCCGCGCCACAGCAACCUAAAUUAUUAGUUGAUGAUACUGCUACAACAAUAAAACAAAAGUAUAACUCACAGUUUAAUCCAGAGUUAGCUAAACAAAAUUACGAAUAAAAAUAAAAAAGCAUUUUCUAGUUUAAAA